AGCGCGGCGUCAGUCAGGUAAUUGAAAAAAGCAGCCCCCCCUUCGGUUUGCAUUUCCUUGGCGUCGCAUACGCAUAAUCCACGGCUGGCAGCAGCGGCGGCGGCGGCGGGAGGGUCUGCCUCCCCGUUCGCUGAUCGCCGCGGCGAGUGACCAAGCACAAGUCGCGGGAGAGGAGAGCAGCAGCCCAUCUUCUCUCUCUCUCUCUCGCUCUCUCGCCAGCCAGCAGCACGUUUUGCGCCGCACCAAGCAGUCAGUGUCAGUCGAGCUGCGGCAGUGGUGCGAGAGACGACCGUGGUCCGUCGCGAUGAUGCCUUCCGCGAAGCGCGUCACAAUGAAGCGGCAACUGCAGCAGUUCUCGGUGCAGGACAAAUUGGAUGCCAUCCAGCGCGUCAACGAGGGCGAAUCUAAGGCAUCCGUGGCCAGGGACAUCGGGGUGCCGGAGUCGACGCUUCGCGGCUGGUGCAAGAGUGAAGAAAAGCUGCGCAACUCGUGCGAGAACGACAACAGCCCGUUGGCCGCCUCGCUCGUCGACAGUGUCGUCACGGCCAACGGCUCUCUCGACCUGGCGGCCAAGCGACCGAGGAUGACCGAGCAGCCCCAGCAGCCCAAGGAGGCCGAAGUGGACGGCGAGACACUCUGGGCUUGGAUCCGUCAUCAGCAUCAACACGUGACCGGCAUAAGUGAGCAGCUGCUUGCCGCCGGCGGCCAGCACGCCGUGGCCGCCAAGACAUCGACGGCCAUCGCCGCGGCCGCGGCCGCGGCUGCCGUCGCCGCCAACACGUCUGCCAUUAACGACCUCAACCCCGGAUGGUUCUGGCGCUGGUACAAAAGCAUACGCCUCUCUGACACCACGGCAGCUUCGGCCUCCCCUUUGCCCUUGCUGGUGUCGUCAGCAUACGCGAGCCGUACUCCUGCACCAGCGCACGCGUCGUCGCAUCACGCGACGUCGAUGACCGGCGUCACCAGCCAUCAGCAACUGCCGCGCUGCAGCCCGGAGGUGCAGCCCAAUGAGCCAUCCGACGAUGAAGACGAUGAGCCGCCGCUGUCAGCGAAUGAUGCCGUCGCGCACGGUGAAAGGUUCCUGCGCUGGCUCGACUGCUGCUCAGACCCCACCAUCACCGCCAUGCAGAUCCUGCAGUUCAGGUACCUGCUGAACAACGUGAGGGCGGCAGCCGUCCGCAAGUCCAAGGACAACAAAUAAGCUUUUCUUUUGUUGCUCAACUCAAAUGGGUUUUUUCAUUUUUUUUUCUCAUAUAUUUCCAAUAUUUCAUUUCGUAAGAUUCUCAGCCAAAACCGGACUGAAUUUUUUAGUUUUUCGCACGUCGAAACUGGCUGGCGUUAUUUCCUAUCACGUGUGAUGGUCGAAAGGUAUUUUUUCAAGAGGUUAGGUUAAGUGCAAGAUUUGAUGGACAAUAUUUUGGGGGUUUCUGCUUCUGCACGGGCGGCCUCGGGUGAUCCCGGCCGCCCUGGUUUUCCGUUUCACAUUCCAAUAAGUGGAACUCACCUGUUUCGUCGGUUCGAGCGGCGGUGCGAAGGCCAAGUGGUCCGCGACGAAGGAGCCCAGGUCCUGCCAGGUGCCCAGCUCAGGGUGGCACACCGCCGUCGGCCUGAUGAAGGUGCAAAUCAAUUUCUGAAAGAAACAAUUGUUACAAGUUUCCAACUGAUCUCAGUGAUGAAAAAGAGUUCCUUAAUUCAGUUCAUUGCAGAAUUUCUCUUUUGUAGUUAAUAAACGAAUAAAAUGUAUUGUGUACAAGAAGACGCGAAAGAGAGAGAGAGAGAGAAAGAAACAUGUACAAACACUCAAAAAUGGCCACUUAAAGUGUAAAUAAAUUGACAUUAUUGAAUCUAAAUGGAAUAUUACGGUUGCGUUGAAAAAAUUAAGGGUGCGCCUCCUGUGAUAAUCCAGUUGCACCCAAGAAAUAAAUGAGAAAAAAGUCGCCGUCACAGGGUAAACACUCUGAUUUUAACAAAUCUCCACUUGGAAUGAAGAAGUUUGAGCAGUUACAAACGUUUUUGUCUUCCUUGUUCAAAACACAGGCUAUUGUUUUUGAAUAAACCCCUUCGACAAUCUAUUUAUUUCAUUGUAAAAUUGCAGACAUUUUCGGAAACGAUAAAAACGUAUUUUUGGAACUGUACCUGAAGAUCUCUCCCACGAUUGCAACAAAAUUAGACAGUCCUUCUCACAUACUGUACACUAAUAGGCGAAUCAAUAAUACAGAAUUGGUACGUAGUUUUGCAAUAGCAUUCAUAGUCCGUGUUGAAGCGAAAAACUGAAUUUGUACAGAAUAAACGUAAAUAAAAUCGAAAAGUUAAA